GAGAGAGAGAGUUUUUUAUGCAGUUACUAUGGAGCUAACCAAGGUACUAGUGCUGGUUGCCGCUGGUUGGGCCAUUUCCCAGACGCUACCUGUACAGGUCCUUAAUAAUACACCUAAUGAGAAUGAAACAGCGUUUGAAAGAAUAUUAACAAUGAACAAAGGUAUCGCUGGCCAACUACUUGAAGGUGACAUUGCACCACGCCCUGCCCCUUCUCGUGGUGUCAUUGUCUGUUCAAAUUGCUUAUGGAAUGCAUUGGAAAAUGGGACAGUUCUUGUGCCUUAUGAGUUUGAAGAUACAUUCACGGAGAAAGAAAAGAAUGGAAUUAAAUAUUGCCUCAAGGAGUUUGAAAUCCUCACCUGUGUGAAGUUUGUUGAAAGAAAGACAGAACGUGAUUAUGUCGGCAUAAAGUCUGCAAGUGGGUGCUGGUCAAAUAUUGGAAGAAUUGGUGGUGAACAGAGUGUCAGCCUGAAUAAAGGUGGCUGUUUAAUCAUCGGAGCAGUCCAGCAUGAAAUGAUGCAUGCGCUGGGAUUUUACCAUGAACAGAGUAGGAGUGACAGGGAUAAUUAUGUAGAUAUCAUAUGGCAAAACAUUAAUCCAGAUUUUACAGGCAACUUUAAUGUGGAAAGGACACAUAAUUUGGGUUUACCGUAUGAUUAUGGCUCAGUUAUGCAUUAUCCACGAAAUGCUUUCCGCAUCAAGGGUAGUGGAAAUACUAUAAUCCCAAAACCUAAUCCUAAUGUAGCUAUUGGACAGAGAAAUGGGAUGAGUAGUCUGGAUGUAAAGAAAUUAAACACAGCAUAUAAAUGCAAUAUAUGUCGGACAAAAUUGACACAGUUUGAUUCAGGCUCUUUCUCAACUGACAAUAUCAUCUUUGGACCAGAUAACACCUGUGUCUGGCUUAUUCAGGCUCAAUCGUACCGUAAGGUUUAUCUGGAAUUCAGUGACGUCAAUAUCCCACAAUCUGCUGGGUGCAGUGUAUCUUACUUGAAAAUGUAUGAUGGUGAAAAUCGUGAUGCAUCACCUAUGCUGCAGCAGGCCUGUGGGUUUACAAAUAUCCCCACUAAACUGUCUUCUGGAAAUAACGUGUUGAUGGAGUUAGUGAGCAAUCAGAAACCUUCUAAAAGCAAAUUUAAAGUUAUCUAUAAAGAAGUUGACGUUGGAAGCAGUUUCACCACUGAUGAUUCAUUUGUGAUGUCGCCAUAUUUUCCCAAUCAGUAUCUCAGUAAUAUAGAUGCUAUUAAUACCAUAAUAGCACCAUCUGGUAAAAAGGUGUCUCUGGAAUUCGAUACCAUGGAAUUAGUAUAUUGCAAAUUUACCUGCUCAUGCAUCUGUGACUACAUCACUAUAAUUGAUGGACCUUCCAUAAGUGGCCGAGUUAUGGGCAAAUUCUGUGGGUUUGCUUUACCUCGUCCAAUGGUAUCUACACAAAACAUAGUGAUAAUACUUUUUCACACUGAUAGCAAAGGAGCUGCAUCUGGAUUCAAAGUAAAAUAUCAUUUUGUGAACUGAUUUAGAAGAUUUCUGGAGACCAAGCUGGAAAAGUGAAAAUUCAAAUACCCAUCUAAUUGUAUUUUAGAAAUAUGGAGAUAAAUGGUCCAUCAAUGCAAUAUUUCUGGAAACUA